AUGGGUUCGUGUGAGGAUGCUGUUGCGGUCCACGAGCCAGUACAUCAACCUGCGUUCGAUCAGCAGCAGCAGUCUUCCUGCUCGGAGUUCGUCGAGGAUUUGGGUGCUGAUGACCACCGCCUACCUUGCCUGGAAAACAGUGAUACCUCGCCCGCGGCUCCUGAUUUGAAUCCCACUGCUGUGCUCGAUUGCUCUCUGGGAGCGGCCCAAAAUGACAAUGCUGGUGCUAGUGUGACCCCUGCCCACGCAUUAACUACUACUACGUCUGUUGAAGAUAGAGUAGCAGCAACGGAGGUCGGGAAUGAUAAUGCGGUCUGUUUGGGGCCUGGAAAUCUGAUGGAGAACGGAUGUCAGGUUAGUGAGCCAUCUCUGACUAUGAUUCAUGGGGGUUAUGUGGAGUAUGAUUAUAAUGGGGAUACUGAUGGAUUAUGUUGUGGGAAGGUGGAGAACGAUGGAUGGCUUAAUGAUGAACAUGUAGGCAUGAGGGAUGAAAAAUGUGGUUGUGUUGAGAUGGGUGUGGAGGAGGAAAUAGAUUCUUUCUUUGCAACUGAGUUUGAUAAUCAGCAAGACCUGCUUCCUUCACUGGGUCCUGAAAUGCCUGCCGAAGUGCAUUGUUUAUCUAGAGAAUGGAGUGAUGUAGAGAACAAACAGAUUGACAGUGAUCCCUCUACUAAUGAGGUUUUGGUUGUUACUGAUGAGGAGCAUGUUGAUAUAGUAGGUGGGUGCUGUGAUACUGAAAGGCAAAAUUUGAGUUCAUUACCAUCAGUUUUUGAAAAUGCAGCGUGCAUGCCUCCUACUUGUAUUCAACAGGAUAUCCAGAAUGAUGACCAGUCUGUUAAUUCUUCCUCCUUAAAUGCAUUGGCAGAGGUUGUGUACGAGAAAGAUGAUGCCUUGCACUGGCUGGAGACUACUACUAGUCGCCGGUUGUCUUCACAGAGUUGUGUGGAGUCAUCUAAGUUAAUCUUAACUCUUGAUUCGGUUCAAAAUGUUUGUCACGAGAAUGAUAAUAAGCCUGCUGCUUCUUCCGUUGAAGAAGGAUCUGAGGGAAUCAAGGAAAACGAACAUUAUCCUUUGGGGGCUGGUGGAAGUGUUUUAGAGGGUCAAUUGUCAUCUUCACUUGAGGGCAGAAUAUGCACAUCAGAAGUUCCAUUAUCAACUGAUUGUCCUCAACAAAUUGAGCUGGACAACAGGACUAUCAGUGGUUUAACAUCAGAAAGGAUUGGGGAUGGAGAAAGUGAUGCUUCUGCUCACACAGAAGUUGAUAUAGGCACUUGGAUAUCACCACAUGGUGAUGAGUCUCCCCCAAGAACACCAAGUAACAGUGGUGCUAAGAUUGGUUCUGAGAAGAAUGUUAAUCAGGAAAAUGACAAAGCUGACAUUUCGCUUGCAAAAAUUGUCAGGAAGGGUGAAGAAGUUUGUGGAUUUCUCCAUGUACUGCCUUCACUAGCUUGUGGAAGGACCUUGGAUUACUUACCGACACCUGUUUCACUCCGUGAUUGUACUCUACAGAAUGGGAAAAUGAAUGAAACGAAUGUAGACAGCUCUUCUGCAGAAAGCACUUCUGAAAAUUUGGAAGAGAGAAUUGAUACUUCAACUGCUAAGGUUGAAGAUGUCCUUCAGACAUUUUGUGUGGAAGGAAAUAACUGCUAUCUUCCGGAAGGAAACCCUGAAAUUCCGACCACUGUAUCCAUUGAGAAAUUUUCUUCUCCUGAGUCUUGCCAACCCUGUGACAUUGCAGAGAGUGGAUAUUCUAAUCGGGUGGAGGUACAACAUCCUCGCGUGAUGGAACAAAAGUGUUCCACGAAGUCUGUCAGCACAGAUGCAUGUAUUGAACAGAUAGAAAAUGAGGAUAAAAGCCAGGGCACAACUAAGUAUAUUUUAAAAAACAAAUGCCUGCGCACUCAAUCUGCUUCUGCACGAAACAGCCGAGCUUGCAGAUCAAGUCGAAAGACUCGGUCAACAAAGACUACGAAGAAGGGAAAUAGAAUAGCUCAAGUGUUGGACUUCAAGAAAAGGAAAAGAAGCUGCCUACCCAAACGUACCCGAGCUUGUGAAUGGGGAUUACUGGGGAAAGUCAUGGAAUAUUUCAAGGUGAUUGAUGAGCUUGGAGAUGAUGAAAGUGGGAAUUGUAUAUCACUAAAAGAAAGGGUGGGGCAAGCAAGUAGGAAGCAAAGCAAGAGUAGAGCUGGUGGAAGCUCGCGCAAAUCUGGUGGAGGGAGCUGUACUUUGACUACUCGCAUUCGUUUGAAAGUUAAGGUGGGCAAAGAGGUUAGCCAAACAAUUUUGAACAACAUUGUCCCGAAGGCAGAGGUAGUUAACAUGGCAGUACAUAUGGAUGCUGGUACUGAUGUGCUUCUAACCGAGUCUCGGCAGCAUGUCACCUCUUAUAUCUCAAAGAUCAAUGUUGAUAGAGAUGAAGUUGAGCAACAGAAGAGCAAAGCUCUUCCGGGCACGGAAUCAGAGAAGUUUGGAGCAGACUUUGAUGCUUCUGUUGCAGAUGCAUAUUAUUCAAAAAAUAAGCUUGAGGGCACUCUAUUUAAUGAGAAGUCAACUGAAAAUGUGGCAGGGGAUUAUCUUCAGGAUCAUGCUCAUAUAGGGGUGGGCUUAGGAGCAUCUAGAGAGAGGGUUUGUACUGGUUUAGGAAAUUCACCAGAAUCAGAAGUCAUAAAUCUAGUACCUGAGAUUCAGGUUGGAGCACAAUGUCCACAAGAUAUGCCUGAUUGUGGUUUGGCAAGUUCAAAAAUGAUAGCUUCUUCUGGGCUUCUCCCCGAAAACCGUAAGGGCAAGAAGGGUAAAUCAGCUGCUGCUGGCACAAACAAAGAAGUUAAAUCAGUCAAGAAGAAAGGUGUUAGGCAGACAAAGAUAGAGAAGUCUUACAAUGGCAGUGUGAUGACUUCUUCUUUGACAGAGAGAAUGUCAGGCAACUCAUCAAGCAACAAGGAAUCUUCUGUUGAGCAAUUACAUUCAUCAGAAGAAACUAAAUUGAAUGUCUUUAGAGAAUCCAGCGAUAUGGAUUUUAUUUUGUCCCCUUCACAGACUUCCAAGGAUAUGCUUCCUUCAACUAAAGCUAAGGGGAGAGGAAAUCCAAAAAAAUCGGACGUAUCUACGAAGAGAAGGUCUAAAAAUUCAUCUUCGGGGAAAAGCAGAAUAUCAAGCAGUUGUAAACAGAAGGUAAAUGAGAAGGGGACUGCUAGUGAUGUUGAUGCAACUGCUCGUGAUCCUGCUGAUAAUGGAGUGGAAGGUGGCAUGGGAAAAGGGACUAUCAAAGAAGACACUGGUGUAGCUAAUGUGGGCGGUGUUCUUGGUUCCGUAAGUGUCGAUGAUUCGGGCAAGCCAUUGGAUACGUCCACGAUGCAGCAUUUGCCUUUGGAUAGUGCUUGGGCGCAUUGUGAUGAUUGUCAUAAAUGGAGACGUAUUCCUGUUGAACUGGUGCAGAUGAUUGGAGAAAAUGACCGUAGAUGGACAUGCAAGGACAACAUGGAAAAAAAGUACGCAGAUUGCUCCAUUCCCCAGGAAAAGUCCAAUUCAGAAAUUAAUGCAGAGUUGGGAAUAUCUGACGGAGAUGAAGAUGCCUUUGAUAUCCCUGUGAACAAUAAGGGGAUAGAGAAUAGACAAAUAGUUUCCAAGGAGCAUGAAUUUACAAGAAUUUCUACUAAUCAGUUUCUGCACCGUCGUCGUAAGACUCAAAACAUUGAUGAGGUUAUGGUUUGCCAUUGUCGACCACCGGUAGAUGGCAUGCUGGGAUGUGGAGAUGAAUGCUUGAAUCGAAUGCUCAACAUCGAAUGUGUUCAUGGCACCUGUCCUUGUGGGGACCUCUGUUCAAAUCAACAGUUCCAAAGGCAAACUUAUGCCAAUAUGAGGUGGGAUCGAUGUGGGAAAAAAGGAUUUGGGUUGCGAAUGCAAGAAGAUAUUUCUAAAGGGCAUUUCCUUAUUGAAUACGUUGGAGAGGUGCUUGAUAUGCGAGCUUACGAGGCACGACAAAAAGAGUAUGCAGCCAAGGGUCACAAACAUUUCUACUUUAUGACAUUAGAUGGCAGUGAGGUAAUAGACGCGUGUGCCAAAGGAAAUUUGGGACGUUUUAUUAACCACAGCUGUGAUCCUAAUUGCCGUACUGAAAAGUGGGUUGUUGAUGGAGAAAUUUGCAUUGGGCUGUUUGCACUGAGGAAUAUUAAGAAGGAUGAAGAGCUGACAUUUGACUACAACUAUGUACGGGUUUUCGGGGCAGCCGCCAAGAAAUGCUAUUGCGGUUCAGCUCAAUGCCGUGGUUACAUUGGUGGUGACCCAACUAACUAUGAAGUAAUUGAUCAAGUUGAUUCAGAUGAAGAAUUUCCUGAACCUGUGAUGUUUGAUCACCGUGGAAAAUCUUUGACAAAAGCGCGUUCAUCUGCACAAACACGGAUUACAGAUAGCGUUUCAACAGAAAGGGAUAAAUUGGAUGAGGAUGUGGAAUCUCUCGGAAAAAGCAAGGUCUCGGCAAAAGUCGGUGCUUAUAGGAGUAAAUCUCCUGAUAUCUCUCAGGCUCGUGGUUCUUUGGAAAUGACUGAUAUAAAAGAAAAUGACCCUCCUUGCCCAUCAGUGGAAACCUCUUGUCAAGCUGAACAUAUAAUGAGCAAUCCCUCCUCUGAUAUUGAGAAAGUUGUUUCAAUGGAGGAACCUGUAGACAGAAGCUCGGGUUGUAUGCAGACGUCGGAGAAAUCUAUUAUCACGACACCUGUAAAAUUAUCAAUCGAUGAUACUGUCGCUAACAAGUCAAAAUCUGUCGCUGAAGAGAAGCGGGUUUUUGUAAAAUCCCGUUUUCUCAUAAAAAAUCAAUAUGGAGCCACUAAGAAAGGUAAGCUUGAUGGUAGUCCUCAAAUUGUAAAUAAAUCUCAGAUGGGGCCCAACAAAUUUCAAGUGCAACCUCUUAAGGUUAAAAAAGGAAUGGAAGGUGUUCCUAAUGGUCGUCUUGAGACAGUGGAAGAGAAACUUAAUGAGCUGUUGGAUGUCGAGGGUGGCAUAACAAAGCGGAAAGAUGCUGCUAAAGGCUAUCUGAAGCUUCUGCUUCUUACUGCUGCUUCCGGUGCUGGUGUAAAUGGCGAAGGAAUCCAAAGUAAUCGAGAUCUCUCCAUGAUCCUUGAUGCAAUUUUGAAAACCAAAUCCCGGGCAGUCUUGAUUGAUAUAAUCAACAAAAAUGGUCUGCAGAUGCUUCACAAUAUAAUGAAGCGGUAUAGACGAGACUUUAAGAAGAUUCCAAUUGUCCGUAAACUUCUAAAGGUUAUAGAGUAUUUGGCGGUCAGGGAGAUACUCACAACCGAGCAUAUAUAUGGCGGCCCUCCCCGGCUGGGCAUGGAGAGCUUUCGAGAAUCAAUGCUGUCCCUAACGGAGCACGAUGAUAAGCAGGUACAUCAAAUUGCUCGCAGCUUUAGGGAUAAAUGGUUUCCUCGACAGAGGUAUGAGUUUAGGUCAACCUGUCCCGAUAAGGACGAGAGGAGGAAGGAAUUCCACAGGGGAUCGAACGGACAUAGGCCACCAUCGACAGUGCACAAUAAUCCACGGCAUGAUCAGGGUGCUAGACCCACCGAAGCCGUAGAUUGUGUUGGCCAAUCAAAGAUCGCCACAGCUUCAUCCGACAGUGCUGUUGUGCAGUCGGAGGUUCCAUCGAGUUCGGUGGAAAGAAGUGUGAAUGAAGGCUCUUCUGCACCUUGUAGUACCGAAGUCGGUCAAAGGACCCGCAAGCGGAAAAGCAGGUGGGACCAACCAGCUCAGAGUAAGCAUCUUUUUCAGAAGACACCAGAGGAAUUUGAGAAUGUGAAGAAAGAGGAAGGCAGUUGCUGUCAGCAAGAUGAAGCGAGUGAUGCUGUUGAUGUUCCACCCGGGUUCUCAUCUAAUCCUGUGGUUUCUUCUGAUAAUAGCUCGCUCGCUGUUGCUGAUCUUCUCCCAGAACAAAGUACUUCUCUUUUGAAGUAUCCGUUGAGUGAUGUUGUUGAUGCUCCACCCGGGUUCUCAUCUAAUCCUGUGGUUGCUUCUGAUAAUAGCUCGCUCACUGUUGCUGAUCUUCUCCCAGAACAAAGCACUUCUCUUUUGAAGUAUCCAUCGAAUGAGGUUGUUGGGAAUCUACAGAAGAAAUUCAAUUCAUGCUUGCCUGUCUCGUAUGGAAUUCCCUGGCAUAUUGUGCAACGAUUCGGCUCACCUGGGGAUCAAGCUGGAAGUAGUUGGGUUGUUGCUCCAGGGAUACCGUUCCAUCCAUUUCCACCAUUGCCACCUACUCCUUACCCUAAGGAAGAAACUCGAGAUUGUCUUACCACAAAUCACCAGGAACUUGUCAGCCACCAGUCUGGUGGUUAUCCUAUUGAAAAUGCUAUUGCAGGCACAUCUGGUUAUAACAUCGUUGACACUGUGAUUCCAUGUCGAACUGGGGCACAUGCAUUCAAUCACCCAAAAGGUGGUUCUUAUGGUCUGGGAAGGAAGUAUUUUAAGCAACGGAAGUGGAAUAAAAGGUCCCAGUGGAAUUGGAGGAAUGAAGGACGGGCACAUAAUGGGAACAACACGAGAAAUGUGGCGGUUUGUAGCUCCAACAUUGCAGGAGGCAUGAAUCAACAUGAGCACACAAAUUCUUCAUGUAGUUCAUCCACAGGUUGUAACCAGUAG